AUGAUCCCACCGACCCUCCCCACGCCACCGUCCCCGCACCCCGCCCAGGCCACCGCAAGACCCAAACGCAAGCUCGAGGACGUCGCCACCGACGAGCCACUGUCCAAGAAGCCCCGCACGGCCCCCGCCACCACCCAGCCUGCAUCGACCCGACCGCCCGUCCCACUGUUCCCACAGUCUCGGUCAGGCACUCAGGCCCCGGCAUCGUCCGCCUCAACACCGUCCGACAGCCCAGAGGACGGCGAGGUGAGGGAGGGCCUCCCGAUAUACCGCAACUCCAUCGCCGUCGUUUCAAACGUGCCCGUCCGCCGGCCGCGCCGCCGCCAAGUAGCACAGAGCUAUUGGGAGGACAUGUACGCCAAGUACCAGGCGGAAGGCGUACGCCUCAAGUACUCGGCCAAGGCGAGGAUCGACUCGACCUAUCCAUCGACGGACCCCCGCUUCAGGGCGCUGCCGAAUCCGCCACCGGCGGGCACAGCGUACCACAAGUUCGGCCACUUAAUGGCGCGCUUGGAGUGCGUAGACGCCCUGCUGUGUUUCACCUAUGCACUGUGGUGUCUCGACGUCGGCAACAACGCCUGCUUCCGCAAGAACUGGCCACUGGUCUUCAAGCUCGUCGAGCAUGCAAAAACGCAGUGGAGGUGUGACGACGGCGAGGACUGGGAGCGAGCAUUCCACGGGCUUAUAUGCCUGGUGGAGGCAUACAUCCAUGGCCGCAAGUGGCGCUUCAACCUCUCGUUGACGAGAGGGGAUAGCGCGAGGCUCAUGAUGCGGCUGCAUAUCUGUCAGGACGCGGAGGAUGAUAUGCGCCGACAGGAAGAGAAGCAGAAGGAGGCACAAUUGGAGAAGCAGCGGGCAUCGAUGCUGCCGUCACCGGCGAGCAGUGCGGGGUCGACGCCAAACAGCGUGGAGGGCACCCCGAAUGCGGCGCUUGCCCCCGCUACGCCCGUACCGGCCGUGCCGCCGCAUACCGAGGCGCCACAACCCGAGCAGCGCGAGCGCUCUACCCAGAUCAACCCCGCACACACUGUGGCCGUCAACAUCAACACGGUCGGGCCGUAUCAUUCGCAGGCAUUCGGCCUCUACGACGCAAAGCGCGCAGCGGACGUCGCGGGGCGGCUGAUCACACUGCCGAUCAUCGCGAAGCACUUCCCGCGGACAUUCGCACGCAUGGCGUACUCGAGUCUGUCGACGGCGGACGAGCACGAGCCAGAUUUUGACGACGAGGAGGGCGAGCUGUUCUGGCCUGGGCAGGUGGUCGGCAGCGAGGGCCUCGGUUGGAUAUGCUACAUGGGCCGUGCGAUGGUGAAGGAGUAUGCGAAGCAGUAUGGCUACAAGGGCGUCGACGGCGCGCUCCCGCUGCCCGCUGGCUACCACAACUCGGAUGACCCGCGACACUUCCCCCACUCCCAAGACCCUGCGACGAAGGCCGCUGCCUCCGCACGGUGA